AUGGCACCCCGAGCAUUCACAAAUCCCGCGCCCAAGACAGAAUCCGCUCGCUCAGCCCUAAGCGCAUUCACCUGCACGCUCUGCAACAAAUCCUACUCGCGCCACCCGGAAUACGAAGCCCACAUCGGAUCCUACGACCACCAACACCGCAAACGCCUACAAGAUCUCAAACAACUCUCGCGGGACCCCAACGCCGCUGAAAAGGCGCGCCGCGCCGAACGUCGCGCCGAUGCCGAGGCCGGGCUGAAAGUACUGGACACUGCUAGCACGCCCGGGGGCGUUUCGUCGACGUCGUCGGCGGGGAAGACCACGAAACCGGGUGGUGGUGGUGGAGGAGGCGGAAGCGGAGGCGGAGGAUUCAAGAAGGGAGGGUUCAAGAGCUCGUUUGCGACGGUCAAGGGUCCUGCGGCGCCGGUGAAAAAGGUGAACGUUUUGGGAGAUGAGGAUGAGGACGAGGGCGAGGAGCACAAGGACAAAGGCGAGGGCGCGGGGGAAGGGAGAAUAGGUACCGGUCAGAGAGAUCAGGCAGAGUCAAGGCGCGGGGAUACUCGGGCCAAUGAAGAUGGGCGACAUCGUGAAGACGUGGAAAGUGAAACGGAUGAAGAAUAUGCGCGGAAUCGGGACGGAGGGGGAUAUUAUGAUCCUCGACGGCCCACGGGCUGUCAUGCGGGGUGUUCUAGUUUGGCCGUUGGGCCUCUGAAGGCGUCGUCGUGA